UCCGGAAGACGUGGCGGCCGCUGUACAGACUGUAACCGGUGGCCUGAGUGAGCCUUGUGCUGCCCCGUGUGUGUCACGUUCCGCCCGGUCUGUCAGCUGCUAACACUAAGAGGAAUUGGUUCUUGUUCGUUUCCUACAGCACCGGCCGUCACCAUGAUAUCCCUGACGGACACGCAGAAGAUUGGCAUGGGACUGACCGGCUUUGGGGUCUUUUUCCUCUUCUUUGGGAUGCUCCUGUUUUUUGACAAAGCUCUGCUGGCUAUAGGAAACGUGCUGUUUGUAGCUGGGCUGGCAUUCGUGAUCGGGUUGGAGAGAACAUUCCGCUUUUUCUUUCAGAAACACAAAGUAAAAGCCACAGGAUUCUUCCUUGGUGGUGUUUUUGUCGUUCUUAUUGGCUGGCCAUUGAUAGGCAUGGUCCUGGAAAUCUAUGGAUUCUUCCUACUGUUCAGGGGAUUCUUUCCUGUGGUUAUUGGCUUUAUUCGACGGGUCCCAAUAUUAGGCUCACUACUGAAUUUACCUGGGAUCAGCUCGCUUGUAGACAAAGCCAGUGAGAGCAACAAUAUGGUAUAAUAGACAUAACACUAUGGAUUGUUGACUGUUACCGCAUUUUCAUGGUCAAGAUCUGGAAAGGAAAUCUCAUCGCUAGGACUACAAUCCGAUACGAUUGCCUGUUACACUCCGUAUGAAAGGUUUCCUGCUUUUUUUUAAUAAUGUUUUGGCAGCCGUGUGUUUGAACAUUGGACACCGCUAAAGAAGAGAAUGGAGAUGAUCUAUUUUGAUUACUUUUUUUUUUAGUUUUGUGUCCUGAAAACUGUGCUGAACCUGCAGAAAGCAGCGUACUUGUGGUAACUGUCUUUUGCACUGUCAAGCUUUUUAUUUAUAAAAAUGAGGAAUUCGGAGAAGACGCUGUUGUUAUCAAGACCAUUAGUUUGAUGCAUGAGACUUCUGCGGGAUAGUGUCAUUUUAAAGAAUACACAACAAAUGGAUUUAUAAAUCAAGAAAAUUUAUCACGGUCUGAAUAAACCAUUUUUGUAAAUAUGA